GGCAUAGGAAUUUAGUCUUCGGAUGAAUGACUUUAAGAGCUGAAACUCAACAACUCCGGAGCAGAAUGUGAACAUUUGCCCAUGCUACUCGCUUGUGUUAGUGUGUGAAUAAGGAUGUAUGUGUGAAUCAGUGUGAGUGAAGUGCCAUGCUGUUCCUCAGCAGUGGGACGGUGGAUGCAACCCCAAGGACUACAGCUGUCGGCCAACUGCAGCAGGGGAAAACCAUUUACCACGUCUCUGUAAUCCUGAAAGAAACACAGGAAGAUGCGCCAGUGUCAAUGCUCGGAAUGGGCCGGGUCAUACACACCCUGGUGGAAGACUGCCAGCCAGGAGGAGAGAUGAUUAGUGUAGUGCCAAUGGAGAACAGCCCCAGGCUGGGCAGGGCACGACACGAGCCUGACAGGUGGCCCUCCCUGAGCUUUGCAGGUAGAGCUGGGAGGGAAAGAGAGGAGGUAGUUUUGGAGGAGAAUGAGGAGGAGGUGGAGGAGGUGGAGGGAAAAAUGAAGACUGACAGGUUUUUGAAACAACCCUCAAAGAACUCAGGUAACUGCUCACAGCCAGGCAGAGACGUGGCAGAGUUAGCUGCUCAGACAGACACCCAGGAGCAACACAUUCGGAGCUCAACAUUACGCUCUGUCACUGUCCAUGCUAAAGGGCUUGUCUUUCGGGAACAUGGCAACGUUACAGGACACAGCUCUCUGCCGCGGCCCGUGUUACGAUGGCCGCGUCAGGAUGAAGCCCUGCUUGGCAGGAGAACGGUGAGCAUGUAUGGCAACCCACUCAAGCAGCAAAGAGAUUCUCAACCUGAACAAGAGAGACUGCUGCGGAGGCCCAGGAGUGUUUGCAUGCUGGCAGGCCCAGGCCCAGUCCUGUCAGAGCCACGGACCCAGCAACCCCUAAGGAGGGCAGGCGUUUUAGAAAACAACCAGCAGUACAGGAGCAGGAAGGCUGAGUUGAGGGCAGUGGAUGGCCUCAAUCCUGUCGUGGCUCAGCGGCCUUCAGUCCCUGCAGAGGUGGCCCCCAGGGUCCGCCAGAGGAGCUGGAAGCCCAGGCCUGUCAGUAUGACAGUACUGGAGCUAAGAAAGAGGGGCUCUGAUGAUGAGAUAGACAGCCAGAGGAGCUGCAGCCACACAGGCAGUGAUGGAGGAGGUUUUCUCAAAGGGGCCUUCCGUUGGAGGCUAUUUGGCAAAGCACCUCAAGAUAAGAGCAAGGAGAAGGACGGGGACAAAGAUGCUAAAUCUUCUCCCAAAUUCAACAAAUCUGAUGCUCCAAAAAGUACACUGAGCACUUUAAGACGGAGCCUCAGUCUGCGAAUCAAGAGGACUCGGCCCCGCGACAAAGUUACUUUAGGGUCUGAGGGGGAGUCAAAGGAGUGCUCUCGGACUAAAAGUACUGCUGCGGAGACAACAAUGCCUCCACGGCCUUUCUCAUACCUCACAGGGAGAGCGCUUCCAGCCUCUAGUGAGCAGAUAGAGGAUGGGGGCAUGCAGUACAUUCAGUACCACAGCAGGGGGAAGGUCAAGGUAAUGGAGGUACCCCUCUGUCCAGCAAAACUGUCCUCAAAACCAGUUCAGGAAGAACCAAGCAUAUGGCAGCUCAUAGCCAACCGUUUCAGGAGGAGAGAGCAGCCAUACACUAGCAUAUGUGAACCCCAGCCUUCCCAGAAAGGUCAAGACUCUUUUGUCAACAGCCAGGAAUGGACAUUGAGUCGGUCAGUGCCAGAGCUGAAAGUGGGCAUUGUGGGAAAUCUGUCCAGUGGGAAGUCUGCCUUGGUGCACCGGUACUUGACGGGCACAUAUGUGCAGGAGGAGUCUCCUGAAGGUGGACGAUUCAAGAAAGAAAUUGUUGUGGAUGGACAGAGCUACCUUCUUCUGAUCAGAGACGAAGGAGGGCCUCCAGAAUUGCAGUUUGCUGCCUGGGUGGAUGCCGUGGUUUUCGUCUUUAGCCUGGAGGAUGAAAUCAGCUUCCAGACAGUCUACAAUUACUUUCUGCGCCUCUCCAGCUACCGGAACACAGCUGAGGUCCCCAUGGUCCUCGUUGGAACACAAGAUGCCAUCAGCGCUGCCAACCCCAGAGUGAUCGAUGACUCGCGGGCCAGAAAGUUGUCAAAUGACCUGAAGCGCUGCACAUACUACGAAACCUGCUCCACCUAUGGCCUGAAUGUGGAGAGAGUCUUCCAGGAUGUUGCCCAGAAGGUUGUGGCCAUGAGGAAAAAGCAGCAGCUCUCUAUUGGUCCUUGCAAAUCCCUCCCUAACUCUCCCAGCCAUUCAUCAGUCCCUGCUGCAUCCAUCCCCUCUGUUCACAUUAACCAGGCGGCCAAUGGUGGGGGUGCAUUCAGUGACUACUCCUCCUCUGUUCCCUCCACCCCCAGCAUAAGUCAGCGGGAGAUGCGCAUUGAGACCAUCGCUGCCUCCAACACACCCACACCCAUCCGCAAGCAGUCAAAGCGCCGCUCCAACAUUUUCACAUCACGGAAAGCCAGUGAACAAGCAAAGAGCGUUGACAGUAAAACAGACAGCAUAGGCAGUGGAAGGGCCAUACCUAUCAAACAGGGAAUCCUUCUGAAGCGAAGUGGCAAAUCCCUCAACAAGGAGUGGAAAAAGAAAUAUGUCACACUGUGCGAUAAUGGCGUCCUCACUUACCACCCCAGUUUACAUGACUACAUGCAGAACGUGCAUGGUAAAGAGAUUGACUUGCUGAGGACCACAGUGAAGGUUCCUGGGAAGCGACCACCCAGAGCGGUGGCCACCGUCGCCCCCACUGCUAGUCCCAAAACCAACGGGCUGACCAAGGACCGCAGCACCUUGCAGCUGGGCAUAGGAAACACAGGCGCUCCUCACUCCAACAGCAGUACAUCCCUCCAGACGGGCGGGUCGGUGUAUGGUGGCAGUAAAGAUGGCAUGCACCAGCGCUCCUUCUCCGUGUCCAGCGCCGACCAGUGGAAUGAGGCCGUCAACACCAGUACAAGCAGCGCCGCCCCCAAUGGGAUGAGCGAUCCUGCAAAUUCCAGUGUGGGCAGUGCAACGAGUCCUAAACUUGAGCCACCUCCUUCACCUCACGCCAACCGCAAGAAACACAGACGGAAAAAGAGCACGGGCAUCACAAAGCCAGACGGCUUAUCUGCAGGCAAUGAAGAGCAAGAGGAUUCCUUUGAGUUCGUCAUUGUGUCGUUGACGGGUCAGACGUGGAACUUUGAAGCAUCUACAUAUGAGGAGAGGGAGCUGUGGGUCCAAGCGAUCGAGAGCCAGAUCUUUGCCAGCCUGCAGUCUUGUGAGAGCAUAAAAAAUAAGUCUCGGUUAGGCAGCCAAAGUGAUGCAAUGGCCAUUCAGUCCAUCCGAAACGUGAGGGGGAACAGCUUCUGUGUGGACUGUGAUGCGCCCAACCCUGACUGGGCUAGUUUGAACCUGGGUGCCUUGAUGUGCAUCGAGUGCUCGGGCAUCCACAGGAACCUGGGCACCCACCUGUCUCGCGUCCGCUCCCUGGACCUGGAUGACUGGCCGGUGGAGCUCAGCAUGGUGAUGACCGCCAUCGGAAACACGAUGGCCAACAGCGUGUGGGAGGGAGCUUUGGAAGGCUACACCAAGCCGGGCAGCGACAGCACCAGGGAGGAGAAGGAGCGCUGGAUCCGAGCCAAGUAUGAGCAGAAGCUGUUCGUGGUGGGGCUUCCCCAGUCGGACGUGCCCCUGGGACAGCAGCUGCUUCGGGCGGUGGUGGAGGAUGACCUGAGGUUGGUCGUGGUGCUGUUGGCCCACGGCACCAAGGAGGAGGUUAAUGAGACCUACGGGGACGGAGACGGUCGCACCGCUCUACACCUAUCCUGCGCCAUGGCAAACGUGGUCAUCACACAGCUGCUCAUCUGGUAUGGUGUGGAUGUGAAGAGUCGGGAUGCUCGUGGCCAGACACCGCUGUCCUACGCUCGGCGAGCUGGCAGCCAAGAGUGCGCAGAUAUCUUGCUUCAGCACGGUUGCCCCAACGAUACAAGCACCCUGACCUCGGUGCCCACGCCCAACAUGAGCCGCCGCAACCCCAACCCCAACAUCAACAACAACAACGCUCAGUGUGAGCUCAACCGCAGUAUCAGCAUCAUGUAGGAGCCAGAGAGCAACCGCAGACAGACAUUAACCCCCCCAUCUGUUUCCAGUACUUCCUCCUCUGUUUCACACUCUGUUACCCAGAAUUAGUACCAAUGGAGAGAUAUCAGAAGUGAUGGACUCAUUGUUGAUAUUCCACUACGCUGAAAGAAGUGGGUGUGUGGGGUUCGGACAUUGUACAUUGUUUGUUUUAUAUUAUUAUUUUUUAAUUGUUUUGUUAGUUAAAUUCAUUCAAUCUUGGUCUGAAAUGAUCAUGACCAGCUUUAAAGCUUUAUGUUUUUUAAGCGUCAACCAAACAAAUGACUUACUUUGGCAUUCAUACCUACACUACGAAAAGCAUUUCCUUAAUGCUUGAACAUUUCCUUUUAUGUCUUCCCCUUCUGCGGCGUGAACUGCUUUUAUAAUGAGUGUGAAUGAGAAACUUCCUUCAAAUUUUCAAGUCUAGUCAUAAUAACAUAAAACUGUGAGGAAUAGUUUUAGAAAUGACAAAACACUGAUGUGGGAAAGAAACUAAAUCUUCCAUGAUAUCAAUGGCUGUUACAGCUUUAGUAAUGAUGCAUGUCUUGAACACAGCUAUCAAACUCUUGACACACUAUUCAUACACAAAGGCAAAGCAAUUAUAGUUGGGAGAGUCCAAAUGAUUUAGAUACUUAAUUCUCAGGAAAAUGGUUUUGGAUCAUCAUAAAGGAGUUGAUUGCAGAAUUCCUGUGGGGUUAAAGUGAGUCAUUUCCUUAGCCACCCUUAUCAUGAUCCUCCACUAAAAAUGUCCAUGACUAUAAAGGAAUUAAGGGGCAUAAUGUUUUAUGACCAUUCAGCCACAUGGCUCUAUAAGCGUGCCUCUUCAAUCAGAAUUCAUUCAAAUUCAAGAGUUUGAUUGAAACAGUGAAAUUGUACCAUUAUGAUGUCUUUGUUGGAGUAAUUUUCCGAUUGACUAGAUUGUGUUGAUAAUUGUUUGACAUAGAUUCACAUAGUUUCAAACCAUAAGCGUACUGGAAUAUCCGUUCACCUCCUGUGGCCAAAGGCUGUAAAAUUGGUACUCUUGAGUUCAUUUCCUCUAUUGUUGCUGUGAAAUACAUAUAUGGUACUGUGUGUGUACGUCUGUACAUACUGUACGACACGUGUGCUUACGUCUUCGUCUGUGACCGUGUGCAGCAGAGAGCGACUGGGCAUUUUUGUUCAUAAACAUUGGAGAAAGGACACUGGAGAGAAGACAAAUACCUACAGUGAAGAUUUGGGAACAUAACUGUGUUUUAAUGUACAGACCUCUGUAAAAAGUAGUUCUUGGUCCUUCACCUUAUUCCCUAUAAGAACAGUUUGAACUUACUCUGACUUUUAGAGUCCAUAAAAAAAACAACCCUCUGCUUUUCCUUAACUCUAUAUGCCCUCCGCCAUCCUGAGAACCUGUCAGCCCAAAAGCAGGGAGUUAGCAUACAAGUAACUGAAAAGAGAGUGACAUUUAGGGAUCAAAAUAAGCAAGGAGGUUCAUAGAGGGAAGUAUAAUUAGUUUGACUGUCUUUACAUUAAUACAAAUGUACAGUAUUUCACAGACAUGAUAAGCCCAUUCAUUUAGUAAAUAGGACUUGGGCAAGAAACUAAUUCAGGUGGAGGUGGCACUAUGUCUACAGUGUAUUUUCCAGUGUAUUCAGCUGCCAUUUUUAAGGUUUUAAACCGUCUUGAUUUAAUGGGUUUACAAAUGCAGGAUGUAUGUUUACAGAGCAAGUUAUUAACUUGGUACCUUAAAUACCAUUUUUGUUGUUGCUUUACAGUGUUUUUGUUUUCCACAGAAAUUGAAAAGGAAUAGGUGGUCAAAACAGAAAUGUGUGAAUCCAAGAGCUAGCUAAAUGUUGAAGGAAACAUUUGACAUUUUGGGAAAUAUGCUUAUUUGCUUUCUUUCUGAGAGUUAGAUGGGAAGGUCGAUACCACUCUCAUGCUUGUGCGUUAAUUACAGAGUGGGAGCCAGGAGGCAAUUAGCCUAGCCCAGCAAACAGUUAGUCUGGCACAGCAAAGCACCAUGUAGUUCCCUCUAAAAACACAAAUUGUCAUUUUUUACAUUGCUCUUUUUGUAUGAAUAAAACGAAAAAGAUAUAUCAUAUGAAUUUGUUAGCUUUAGAGGAGCAUGGCUAGAUGUUUCCCAGUGGUUCCUGUCUUUAUGCUAGCGAAGCUAAGCUAACCGCCUCCUGGCUUUGACUCCGCACUUACCACACAGACAUGAGAAUGGUAUCAGCCUUCUCAUCUAACUCUCAGAAAGAAAGCAAAUAAAUAGAUUACUCAAAAUGUGUGAUACUUCCUCUUAGGACAUCACACAACCAACCACAAAUUUAAGCAGAUACCUUCGAAUUUACCUGUACUGUACUGUGGUACUGGCCUUAUUUCUGAUCUUUACUUGACCAAAUUAUUUCAAGUACAUUUCAGUGUACGAGGAGAUUCCUGAGAGGAGUUUAAUGUGUACAUUCAUUACUGGAUCAUUAUUAACAUACUGUAGAUGCUGAAAAAACACUACAAACUGCCUGUUUUUCCCCCAAACACAACAAGAAAUGUACAUAUUAGCUUAAUGCUUUUAUCUGAAGACAAGCUCGUCCUAGAGAAACAAACUGAACUGGUUUUUGGUCCUCUUGACCCACGAACCAUAUUUUGAUAUGUUGUUUUCGUUUCUACUUAGGCAUAUUUUUAAGGUACUUUUGUUUGGUCUCAACAUUAACCGACCAUCUUUGGUACUUGUGUAUAAUGAUGUACAUUUGACAUAUUUAUAAUGCAGUAUGUAAAUAUCUGUUUGUUUUUUUUUUGUUUUGUUUUUGUUCAAGUUAAUUUUCCUAUUGUUAUUCCUUUACGUUCAGAACGUGAAACAAAGCAAAAGCUAAAGAGUAACUUGUUGUAUGCUUGGAUGCUUGGCUGACUGUUGACCUAUUAAUAAACACUCAAAUAAAACGAU